GAUUUGUACACACAUUUUCAAUUUGGAAACAAACAUUUUUCAAACCUAUCCGCGCUGUGGUGUUAGGUAUGCCAGAACUUAUGAUGCAAACAAUUUUGUCGGUUUUCGCCUGUCUGUCGCUGCUGGCCUUGGCGCCUUCGUGUAGCUGCAUCGACGGUAAGGUCGUGGUCGGUUAUUUCACCGAUUGGUCGCACUAUAGACCCGGAGCCGGUUCGUACGACAUUAAGAAAAUAGACGUUUGCAAGACGCCAUGCACACAUUUGGUGUACUCGUUCGCCAAGUACGACCACAAGAAAAACGGAUUGCUCAUCGAGGACAUGGCCCAAGGACUCGUUCCCAUCUUAACGGGCUGUGCCAAAGAAGGCAAGACAAUCCUUUUGGCGUUUGGAGGUUGGACAUAUUCCACGGCUGAACAGUUGAGUCCUCUUUUCGAAUCCGAACAGGUUAUCGACGAGUUCAUCGUGAACGCGCACAAAUUCAUCAAGGACAACAAUUUCCACGGUUUAGACAUGGACUUGGAGUAUCCCGGUUACUAUCAGGCCACCACCAAGUCACCGGGCGACCACGACAAGAAAAUGUUUUCCUACUUGCUGAAAGGCUUGAAGAAAAAAUUCCAAGCCGACAAAUUCCUGUUGACCGUCGCGGUUUCGGCCAAUCCGGAGGUGGUGGACGUGUCUUACGAAGUGGACGUGCUCAACCUGAAUGCCGACUGGAUAGGUUUAAUGGCGUACGACUAUUAUAGUUACAGGGAUAAUAAAACUGGACUUUGUGCGCCUUUUACCAACCAACUGGGCGAAACGAGACCGUGGAACGUGCAAGAUUCGGUCCAAUAUUGGCUGGAUAAAGGCCUGUGUCCGGAUAAAGUGGUCUUGGGAAUGCCGCUGUACGGUAAGUCGUUCAAGUUGGCCGACAUAAACUCAAACGGCAUAGGCGCCCCGGCAAACCGCGAACCGGAUGCUGGAAAAUUUACCGGAGAAGUGGGAGUUCUGUCAUUCCAAGAGAUUUGUAUACAUAUUGAACAAGACGAUUGGACCGAAGUCUACUUGGAGCACGUGGGCGCAUACGCUUACAACGACCAAGGAGAUUGGGUCGGAUACGACAGCGUUGAAAGUCUUAUAGAAAAAACAAAAUUCAUUUUGGAAAAACAACUGAAGGGCGCCAUGUUUUGGGAAUUGGGUUUCGACGACUUCAACAAUCAAUGCGGUUGUGGAUUGUAUCCUAUGCUGACGGCGUUCCAGGAAACCCUAAAGGGAAGACGAGCAAAAGUCUGUCCUGGGGAUGAUUGAAAAAAAAAAUACAAAACGGCUCUGAAUAUAGUAUAACAAUAAUUAUUACAUUUGUAUAUUUCAUAGGUACUUUCAUCAAAACAUCACAUAUAUAAUCAAUUAAUCAUUCAAUAAACGCGUUAACGUGCAACACGAUCAUCAUUUUUUUAAUUUUUUGCAUCUUUAGUUUCUGUUAGAUAAUAAUUGAACGAAAAAAAAAACAAAACAAUGUGAGAACGUUUGUGGAAGAAGUAAAAUCUCUCGAAACGGGACGUACUUGAAAACGGUUGUGUUUAAACCGUAAAAAAAAAAAAGUGAAAAA